AGAUAUCUGGUUCGAGUGACGAAGCAGCAACAGCAGCAGUGGACCUUCUUGCUUCUGUGCUCGCGCAGGCCAUCGACAGCCCAGCAGUGGGCUACUCGCACUUCCUCUCCCUCCCCCUCGCCUCGCACCGCCCGUUGGUGGCUCGCCUGCAUGACUUCCGCUCCUCCGUGCUGCACUCGGUGGGCUUUCCGUUGACUCAGGAGGAGGAGGAGCUCACAGCGCCACCUGAGACUGCUUAUUCUGGGGGAGUGCACCCGUCCAUCUUCAUCAACCCAGCCACCUUCCACCUCACCGUUCAAAUGCUCAAGCUCUGGUCACCCCUCCGCGUGCAAGCAGCUGCCAACGCCCUGCAGGCGGUCAUGCCGAGAGUGCAAGAAGUGCUGGGCGAUGCACCUCUUGUCAUUCGCCUCGUUGGCCUUAGGUGUAUGAGGGGGCAUCCGUCCAAGGCGCAUGUGCUGUAUGCGGACAUGGAGGAGGUGGAUGGGGGGACCCGCCUGCCUGCCGUCUGUGAGGUGCUGAGGGAGGCGUGCAGGGAGGCAGGGCUCGUCACCCCUAGGGACUGCCGCCAGCCUCUCAAGGUGAGCUGGGCUAGCAAGUGA